GUGGGGGGUGAGGUGGAAUCAGGAAUAGUACAGACAAGCUGUUUAUCCUCUAAACCCACAUCCUUGACUUGGAAGCCAGCAGAUCCAGGAGCUUCUGGAGCCUCUCUGCACUCGGCUUUGUGUGGGUAGGUGUGGGGGCCUGCUGACCAGCAGUGGAUGGUGUGGGGAACCUGGGUUAGGGCUCCCAGGCUAUCCAGGGCAGAGACACACCCUGCUGUCCUCUGAGGCAGAGCCCUAGGGGACUCAUUCUUUGCAGUGGGUCUACCUAAAGGACCCUCCAGCCACCUCAGGCAGGGAUUAGACCCACCUCCAGCACAGAGCCAUUGGUUGGCUCUUCCUCCUGCCAGCAGGCACUGGGCAACCUCAAAUGCAUGGUCCCUUAGAUACAUUGAAGCUGGGAACCUUUCCUCUCCCAGGUGCCCUGGGACUCCCAGUCCCUUUGGAAGAGUUUUGCUCAUUUCCUUGUUGGGGGGCUUUUUGGGUCUCCAGUCCUCAAACUUAGGCCACCACUGACUCACUGGUCGGUUCUGCAGCCAGAGGUGAUGCAGCUCUGGGGGGGUGCCAAGGUUCAGGGAAGAACCUUGAGAGGCUGAGGGGCAGGAGCAGGAGAAGGUCACUGGGGAUGACGGAGUUUGGGUACAGGUCCUGGAGCCUCUCAGGUGAUGAAACCUCCGUGUCUAGGGUGACAGAGGGGCGGGGAGCGGGGUUCCUGGAAGAGGCAGCUAGGGUGAGGGUCUGAGACUGGGAAUGGAGUGGGGCCGGCCCAGCCAGGAGGAAACUCAGCCCUGGAGGUUUCUGGAAGAACAAGAGCCACAGGAGCCACGAGAUAAGGCAGGUGCAGCCCACAGAACACUGGUGUCAGGCGUUUCCCAAGGACCCGCACUGCCGAUCUGGAGGCGGCCAGGGCUUCCACACUGAGACCCUAGGAAGGUGGAGCUUCUCCUCCAGGAGGGGCUUUCCUAUGGCUGAUUGGGGAAGAUGCAGGAGGCCUCCUGACAGUUCCCAGUUCUUGGCUUGGGACACACUGGCCUGAGGGUAAGGUAGGGGAGAGAGACGUCUGGGCACCCAGUCCCGAGGUAAGGGUCAGAGGACCCUUCUUGACUCCAGAGUCAACAAGGAUAAUCCCUCAUUUCCAGACUGUCUCCGCCACCUGCGCCACCCCCACCCCCACCCCCAUUUCCCUCGUGACCCACAGCCCCAGGGCCCUGUGGGCUCAGAGACACAUACUGUGGCCCUCAGUGUGCCCGGGGCUGGCUGUGGACAGACCAGAGUGAUGUGGUCCUGAGAAGCCUCGGGAGAGAGGGCCACUCACUGGGACAACAAAUCUGGGGAGCAGAGGGAAGGAGCAACCUUGGUCCACCCCCUCGGUGUCUAGAGACCAGGCAGCCAGGGGAGGCCCGCCAGGGGCAGAGGCUGAGGGAGCCCACUACGAGGCCCCCUGCAGCUCGUGAGCUCCCUGCUCAUUAGUAGCAGGAUCUUGUCAUUCCAGACCCCAAUUUGCGAGGCCGCGCUGCUGGGUCCCCUGAAUCGAGGGUCAUCUGACCCCCAUCGUCGCCCUCUGACCCUCACCUGCCCAGCCCAGGCUCCCGCCUCCUGCUCCCUGCCUGCCUGCCUGACCCUGAGGAGCAUGUGGCCGGCGAGCCUCAGGGGUCCCCGCGUGCUGGGCCGGCGGCCUCUGGUGGGUCUGGUGGGUCUGCUGCUCCUGCUGCCACCGCCCACGCCUGCAAUGCGCGCGCAGAUCACGCCGAGCCCUCCCAGCACCAGGACCACACCGGGCCCCCACAGCACCCCCAGAGUCCCCAGCCUGUGGGAGCGUGCGCGGGCCCUGAUGCGGGACUUCCCACUGGUGGACGGCCACAACGACCUGCCCCUGAUCCUGAGGCAGUUUUACCAGAACAGGCUGCAGGACGUCAACCUGCGCAAUUUCAGCCGUGGUCAGACCAGCCUGGACAGGCUUAGAGAUGGCCUCGUAGGAGCCCAGUUCUGGUCGGCCUACGUCCCAUGCCAGACCCAGGGCCGGGACGCCGUGCGCCUCACGCUGGAGCAGAUUGACCUCAUCCACCGCAUGUGUGCCUCCUACUCAGAGCUGGAGCUUGUGACCUCCGUUAAAGCUCCGAACAACACCCGGAAGCUGGCCUGCCUCAUUGGUGUGGAGGGCGGCCACUCACUGGACAGUAGUCUCUCCGUCUUGCGCACCUUCUAUGUGCUGGGAGUGCGCUACCUGACGCUUACCCACACCUGCAACACACCCUGGGCAGAGAGCUCAGCUAAGGGCAUCCACCCUUUCUACAACAAUGUCAGCGGGCUGACCAGCUUCGGGGAGAAGGUGGUGGCAGAAAUGAACCGCCUGGGCAUGAUGGUGGACUUGUCCCAUGUCUCGGAUGCUGUGGCGCAGCGGGCCCUGGCAGUGUCACGGGCGUCAGUGAUCUUUUCCCACUCAGCUGCCCGGGGUGUGUGCAGGAACCCUCGGAAUGUUCCUGAUGACAUCCUGCAGCUCCUGAAGAAGAAUGGUGGUGUCUUGAUGGUGUCCUUGUCGAUGGGGGUGCUACAGUGCAACCAAUUGGCCAAUGUGUCCACUGUGGCAGAUCACUUCGACCACAUCAGGGCAGUUAUUGGAUCCGAGUUCAUUGGUAUUGGCGGAGAUUAUGAUGGAGCUGGCCGGACCCAAGCCUGGUGGCCACACAGCUUCCCUCAGGGGCUGGAGGAUGUGUCCACAUAUCCAGUGCUUCUAGAGGAAUUGCUGCGUCGUGGCUGGAGUGAGGAGGAACUUCGGGGUGUCCUUCGUGGAAACCUGCUGCGGGUCUUCAGACAAGUAGAACAGGUACGGGAGGAAAACAAGUGGCAAAGCCCCUUGGAAGAUGAAUUCCCAGAUGAGCAGCUGGGCAGCUCUUGCCGCUCUGUCCUGGCACGUCUGCAUCAGAGAAAGUAUUUGGUUCCAGACCAGAAAUUAACCAAGGCUCCAACACAUUGGACACCCAAGAUGUCACCUAAGUCAUCACUCUCAAAAUCCUCUCCCCAAGUGGCCCCAGGCCUCGCGGUUGUUGCUGCCCUCCCAGUCCUUAUUUUGUGGCUCUGGUGACCCGCUCAGUCCUGCCAGAUGUGGUGGGGUCUGGUGGGCACAGGGGACCCUGCUGUCCAGCCACCAGUUGCCCAAGGAAGGCCUGUUGGUAGUGGCCAGGGGAGAUCGAGGUGGUUGUGCUCAGCACUGGGUGCUGAAUGGGUGGGUCUGGCUGUGAGAGGGUGGGCCCUAUUCUGUGUUCCCCACGAGUAGCUUAUCUCAGUCCACUUCCUGACCCACUGACCACCAACUGCGGAUUUUUUGGGGCCUUCUGGUUUGGAUUCCCAACAAAGGAACCUGCCUGGAUCUUGGAAGGCUUUUAUUGCUCUUUGGACAGAGUCCAGAUUGCCAGGCCACAUAAUGGGCAAUGGGCCCUCCAGUAGCUGGGCUGCCCUGAUAUGGGUCCACCCACUCACCUGCCCCCUCAGGGAUUUCUUCUUCCAGAAGCUGCUUAGGCUACUUCCAGGCUACUUCCAUAAGCUACUCCAGAUGGCUACUUAGGCAGCCACCCCAUCUUACCUUCAGGCCAUUAAAGGUGGCUAAUAGCAACUGCAAUAACAAUUGCUAAUAUUAAGAGGUAAUACUCUUAAUAAGAAGAGGUAAUCAUGACUGCUAAUAAUAAUAAUAGGUCAUGGCUAAUAAAAAUAUAGUUAAUACAAAUAGUCUAUGCAUAUCCUAUGACUCAACAAUUUCAACCCAGGUCUAUAUCCAACAGAAAUACAUAUAUACGGUUCCCCAAAUAAUAUUUAUACUAGCACUGUUCAUCAUAACUCCAAAAUUUGCACUCCAAAGUGAAAGUGCAAAAAAACAAAGAUGAAGAGAUUCUCUUAAAAGCAAAUUCUUUUUAAAAAUCACAUUUUAAGAAGGAACAAUAAAAUUGACAGCUGGAUUUUCAAAAGAAAUAAUGGAAACCUACAGACAGUGGGAUGAUAUCUUUAACCUGAUGAAUGAAAGUAACUACCAAUGUUGAAUUCUGUGCACAUGAAAAUAUUCUUCAAAAAUGAAGGGACAUCGUGAAUGUAAAUAAACAUACUGUAUGUAAAUAUUUGAAUGUGAUUAAAAGGGGAAAUAUAGGUUGCAUAUAUAUAUAUAUAUAUAAAAUAAAAAUUUUAAAAUCCAUGUAACUGCACAACAAAAACAGUGACCCAUAAGUUAAACCAUGAACUAUGGUUAAUAGUACAAUUAUAAAAAUGUACUUUCAUCAAUUGUAACAAAUAUACCACCCUACUGUGGGUGGUAUAUGGGAAUCCUAUAUUAAAAAAAAAAAAGAAAGGAAAAUAAGUACAUUUUCAGACAAACAAAAGCUAAGAGAAUUUGUCACCAUCAGAAGGUAGAGCUUAAUUCCCUUUCCUUGAGUGUGAGCUGGGCCUAGUAACAAAUCAAGUAUGGAAGAGAAAAAUAGUAACUUGACAGCGGAGAAAUCUGGCAGGCACCACCUCAACCAAAUGACCAAGGAUAAUUUAACGUCACCAGUCAUGGCAUUUUACCUCUAUGUUCUUCUUCCCCCAAAUUCAUCACCUCAAUCCAAUCAUGAGAAAACAUCAGACAAAACCAAGUACAAAAGCUAUGAAAAACGAGGAAGUACUGAGACACUGUCACAGAUUGGAGAAGAUUAAGAAGAUAAAAUGACUAAAUGUGACUUUCUCAGCUCCUUGUCUUAAUCUGCAAAAACACUACUUUUGUAAAUUCAAAUAUGGUACAAAGGAUAUAUACUUUUUAAAUUAAUUCAACAGAAAGAUAAGAUAUUCCUAUGUCUGUUCUAAAAAUUACAUUAAAGCGACAUACAGAUACCCAAUGGACAUCGAGAUCAAAUGUAAUCAAAGCAUUACACACACACAAAAUAAAGAUGUUUAUUAAAUAUUAAAAGAUAUAUCAAAUGAUAAGUACAUUAUGUUGAGAUUGAAAACAUCUUGGCAUUAACUGUUUAUAACUUAUCAUUCUGAGAAGAUAUUUUGAGCCAAGUAGAAAAAGUUAAUAAAUAUUUACAAUAAAAAAGACUACAUAUAAAAGUGCACACUUAAUAUAUUCCUAUCCCUUUGCUUACAACAAACAAGAGAAAAUAACUUUGCAAGUAUUUUUGAUGAAUGUAAAACUUUAGCAAGAGAGAUUAAAAUGCUUCCUGAAUUUGAAAAUAAAAUAUAAGGAAAAGUAAAGAAAUUGGAAAUGAACAGAUCACCUAAUGAGGCUAUCAAUUAUGAGAAAAGCACAUAGCAAGUAGAAAUUAAGGAGAUUAUAGAUGUCCUGAGUUCACAGUUGAAUUGGAGGCAUGAAAAGUUUAAAAAUCUGGAGAGUGUCUUCAGAUUUGGAGUUUUUAAUUGAGAAGUUAUAUUCUAUGAAUACAUCUGACUUAUCAAAAGCAGCUAAUGAAUUGAUUCCUAAAUAUUCUGAAAUUUUAAGUCCCAUAGAAACUUCAUCUGAAAUAGUUUGUUUAAUAUGAAGUGUGCCCUACACUCUAUAACUUUAUUUGUUGUCUUGAAUUAAAUUUCCAAGAUAAUCUUUUUUUUAAACUUUUAAAAAAGCUUCUUGUAGUAACAUAUAUACAACUCAAAAUUUCCCAUUUUAACCACUUUCAAGUGCACAGUUCAGUAGUGUUAAUUACAUUCACGAUAUUGUGCUACUAUCACCAAUGUCCAUUACCCCUACUUUUUCAUCACCUCAUACAGAAACUCUUCACCCAUUAAGAAAUAACUCCCUCUUACCCUUCUCCACACCCCAGACUCCUGGUAACCUAUAAUCUACUGCCUGUCUCUAUGAAAUUUGCUUCUUCUAGGUAUUCCGUAUAAGUGAGACAUAAACAUUUGUCUUUUUUGUGCCUGGCUUAUUUCACUCCUUAUGAUGUCUUCAAGAUUCAUCCAUUUUAUAACAUGCAUCAGAACUUCAUUCUCUUAUAGCUAAAUAAUAUUCCAUUUGUAUAUUAAACCCUUAUCAGAUAUAUGAUUUGCAAUUAUUUCCUCCAACCCUGUCAGUUAUCUUUUCACUUUCUUGACUUUGUUCUUUGACAAACAAAGGUUUCUAAUUUGUGUGCACAUGUGCUUAUUUGCUACAGAAUUGUCUGAGUCUGUCAAUGACCCUGGUCACUAAUCCCUGUCUCCUUAACCCUACAACACCCCUAAGGGAAGAGACAGCUAAAGACUGGGCUUAUCUCUUUGGGCUUCCACCCACGUGGAUCCUCUCCAAGUAAUUCUUCAAUAUUUUGUUACCUCUCUGAUGCCUUUUUUGUAUUUUGCCCUUUAAAUUAGUCUUAAACAUUAUGCCCUCUCUCUUUGUCUAAGACUAAUAUAGAAAACAGCUGUAUGUGCAAUGCUUCUGCACUUUUGAUAAAUUAUUAACAAAAUUAUUCCUUAUGUUGUUCACUGUCACUUAAAAGAAGACCUCCUAAAUGACAUAGUGGAACUGUAGCCUAUAGCAUCCUUUGGGAUUUGCUCUUUAGCUGCUCAUUGAUUUGUGCCUUGAAGGUCUUCACCUUUCUGUAUAUACCUUGUAUUGCAUAAUAGGAAAGGGACUGAGACUGUG